CAGAUGCUGCUGCUGGGUCAGUGUUAUGCCGUCUAUUAACAAUAACAGAGUCAAAAGAGCCACAACGACGAGAAGGAGAAGGAGGGGAACAUCCACAUCACCAUUUCUCCUUAUCUCAAUCUGCAGGGAUGGAACAAACAAUGUGACAUAACCGCGCUUCAACUUCCGACCAAAAGCGCUUUUUAUCCACCUUUUUAUUCGUCUUUUUCACAGGUGCCAUUGUCUCGUCGCCUCUCACAGCUGGCAGACAGUCCCUGGCACGGCUCGGUUCACUUUACAGCCUCCAUCCAUCUGCACGGCGGCUGCGGCUUGUUGGUAAACAGGAUCGGACUCCCUCUGGUGCAUUGAUGCACCCGUUUCAGUGGUGUAACGGGUGCUUCUGUGGUCUGGGACUGGUUUAUUCCAACAAGUCGUGCACCAUGCCGCCCAUCACCUUCCAGGACCUGCCUCUCAACAUCUACAUGCUCAUCUUCGGGACAGGCAUCUUUGUCUUCUUCCUGAGCCUCGUCUUCUGCUGUUACUUUAUCAGCAAACUACGACACCAAGCCCAGAGUGAGCGGUUUGGAUACCGAGAGGUGGUUUUACAAGGUGAUCCAAAGAAGUUGAAUCUUCAUGGGCAGACGUGUGCCGUGUGUCUCGAGGACUUCAAAGUGAAAGACGAGCUGGGAGUGUUGCCAUGCCAACAUGCUUUCCACAGGAAGUGUCUGGUAAAAUGGCUGGAGGUGCGCUGCGUCUGCCCCAUGUGCAACAAACCAAUAGCGGGCCCCCCCCGCCACAGCAUAGGGACCCUUCUGCUGGAUGAACUGGUGUAACUGAAGGACCCCUGCAGCUCGGGGUGGCCCGCCCGCCGCGCCCGGGCCCGAGCAGCUGAUAUCAUUUAGCGACUAGCAGGAACAUGGACCCUGUGCUGCUGUUAAAAAAUCAGCGAAGAAACACCAACAUGAUAACAGUAAAUUGGGGUAACCUAGUUACCACCCAGAUAAAGACUGAAUGAUGCUGUUGCCUAGCGACCGUAUCCAAGAUGGCAACACGACACCUUGUGGUGUCUGAGAGAUUAUCUCCAGCCACCCACACAUCACUCCACCACUCUUCUUUCAACAUCCCCCCCCCCACACAUCCCUCACAUCUUCUCUGGUUACCUCGAGUCAGGUUAAUGACACAGCGACAAGUGAGUGUUGAAGGAUGGCAGCGCGGGGUCGGUGGCACUGAUCCCACAGCAUGUCUGAGUGUUGAAUGUCAUGGUGGUUACUAACAUGAAAUAAUUAUCGGAGGAUGUUAUUAAAUCUCUCACUUAAUUAUUUUAGUAAAGACGUUUUUAAACAAAGCUACAGAGAAAAAUACAUUUCAUCGUCCCUUAACAUGUUGAUAGGAGUUUCACUGCUUACAAUUCGGUAUUUAAAAAAAAAAUGUCAACAGGUACAACAAGGGUUUACCAAAAAGAUCUGGAGCCAUCUAGAACAACAUUGAGGCAAAGACAUAGACAGGGUUUACUAAAACUGCUUUAAGGGAACUUUUAAGGUUUUGGGCCAAAGAUUAUGAAGUCGCAUUGGUAAAAAAAAAAGAUGAAAAUUUGAAUUCAAGCGUCAUCAGUGGGACCUAAAUUAAUCCUAUUAACAUCUCAAACUGUAAUCCACAUGUAGCAAAUUAAUCAGUAUUUCCAUGUAAAACCAAUUGCCAAACUGAUUUAAUACUUAUGAUUGAUGUGUAAAAUCCAUGUUGGUGCCCGCCUCUACAGUGAUAUAAUGUUAUAUGUGUUGUUUUCCCCACUGGGAUGUUAUUUUAAUGUUCAAACAUGUUUAAAUUGUGUUAACAUAGAUGAAAGGAACUGACACUUUUUACCUUUCACUUGAACAUUGUGUUUUUUUGUUGAUUCUUUUUUUAGAUAUUGCACUUUAAAUUCACAAAAAAACAUACCGCCUUUGUUCUUCUAAAAUGUUAAGACUAAGGUUUGGAGGCAGCAUAGCUGGUCCCUUGUUUUAAGGUGUGGUGAAUCUUUUAUAAAAGUCUGUGAAGUAUCCGAGAAGCUGCUUCAUGUGAAGAGAAGAGAAGCAGCAAAGCCUCGGUGAUGUUCUGUGAAUUCAUCUGGGAAGAAACUAGAUCUCACUUUUAUACAUUUCUGUGGCAUUAUUGCUGGUGAUUCUGUUUUUACAUUCCUCCAUCCUAUUUUUUGUGAUUUACACGAUUCAGAAAGCGAAACACUGCCUAAAAUUGAGCACAAAACUCACAAAGCACAUUGUCCACAGGCACCUGCACUGUACAUUAAGCCAAACACACACACACAUGAGUCCGCGUGCCAAGAAAAGAAAAUGUCCAAGAGAUUUGUUCACUCUGAUUCUGGCCACAUUCCACAUUUUGUAAUCCAAACAGAUGUAAAUAUCUUGAAACAAUAAUAAAUACAGUUGUCUGUUUUGCUCA